UUGGACUGCUGGUGACGUCAUGGUAAUUUUGCCCCUGGUUUCGAUCGGGGUAAAUUCGAAGCAUCUAAAAUUACGAAUGAAGAUUCGGGUACAGCAUCGAAGUAACUACCAUCAUUUCAUUUGCAUUAGUAUCAUGGUCAAAAGUUGUUCGGCAUUCGGAUGCGUGAACCGCGCCAAGAAAGGCAUCUCGAGCUGGGAGACGUCUUUCCAUUGCUUUCCACAAGUUCCCGAGCUCCGGCAGAAGUGGGUGCACGCCAUCCGACGACAUAACUUUACACCCACGCGUUGGUCGAGCAUUUGCAGUGAUCACUUCAGAGAUGAAGAUUUUGAGUCCAAUCUGGAAGUGAAGCGGCUCAAAUCCGAGGCCGUACCGUCUAUAUUUAAGGGUUUUCCCCAUCAUGCCCGAUCUCGGGUAAAGAGUACCCGCACCAAAGUGUACCGCCCCCCUGUAUCGCCCUCGCCCCCCCUGGCUCAAGACCCGUCGGAAGGGCCGUCGAGCGAAGAGCCGCCCCUGUCGCCUUCCAUGUUCACUGAAAGCGCCUUUUUGGACUGUCCUGCCCUUUUCUCCCCGGAAGAAUCUCCGUACCUGGACUCGGACCCAUCCUUGAGCACUGGUUCAGCAGGAGAAGCAGCCAUACCCACGGAUUUGUCGCUGACCGGACACGGAGAAGAAAUAUCCGGACCGUCGUCGGUCCUGAGACCGGGUCAAAUCCCACCCUUUCAUCUGACGCAUCAAGCCCGUAUCGCUCGCGAUCAUAACUACAAUUGUUCGCCGGAUAUCGAUCUGGUGCGCUGGAAGAUGCUUGCCCAGCAAAGCUUGAUUGUAGAGAAAGUAAAAAAGGUCGAGCGGUUCAAACAGCAAUGCCACAAGUUCAAAAAGAAGAACCAGGAGUUGAUCGAGAGCCUGAAAGAGGCUCGUAGUCUGAGAAAGAAGUUGAGAUCGGCCGAGGACUUGGUCAUCUCCCCGGAUCGAUUCUCGAGUCGCGAAUUCCAGGUGGUCAAGGAUUUCGUUCAAGCCAAGCCUGGACGCCACCGGUAUUCUGAGGAAUCGAAGACCUUUGCUAUGGCUCUGCACAAGUGCAGCCCUCAGGCCUAUCAGUUGGUGUCGUCCUUGUUCACAUUGCCCUGCUCGACCACCUUCCGAAAGCUGGUCGCCUCCACCGACCGUCCGGCUUGAUUCAAUAAUCGUAUGUAGGUCAGAAGUGAGUUCAAACGUGGUCGGGUUGAGCGAGCGCCAUCCGAAUUCCGGACCUAUAUUAGCUGUUGGCCUUAUUAGCUCUUUGGAAUCGUGACUAUCCCCGAAUGAGUUCAAACGGCUCAAACCCCCAGAUUCGAAAGUCAUUGAUUAACAAGGCAAAGAGAAAACCAUGUCCACCCACCUCUGGUAGUAAGGUAAUUGUUAGAGAAGCUCAAGGAAUGGAAUUAGAAAACGUGAAAAUGCGCAUUAAAAUGCAACAGAAAGUGAAAAACGGUGCUGAUAUUUCAGCUCUUCCUACUUUCUUUACAAAAUGAUCAACAAGUUGACAAAAUCCAAAUAAAGGUUCAAAAAGGGCACAUACUAUUA